AUGGAAAUUACCAAGGGAAUUCUGGAGAUAGGAGGGACAACAAGGGGAACUUUGGGAAGGGGAAUGGGGGGACAGUCAUCCAACCAUAAAGGGAAUGGGAACCAACUGGGUGAGAAGCCCAAGAGGAAGUAUUUCUGCAAGAGGUGUGAGAAAGACCACCCAGGAAAGGACUGUGAGGGAAACCCGGUAACUUAUCGUUACUGUCAUAAGUUGGGACAUCGUGAGUAUGAGUGUUUCAAGAAGGAAGCUGAUGUUAAGUAUGGGAAGGUGAAAGAGUCUAGUGCACCUAGUAAACCACCUCAGUCUAGUGGACCUACAACCAAGGCUGGAACCAGUAGCGGUGCAGGAGGUGCCCCAAAGGGUCGUGUGUUUGUGAUGAAUAGUCGGCAAGCUAACUUUACUAAUGAUGUGGUAAUUGGUGUUUUCUUUAUAAGUUCUUUUCUUGUGAAAGUCUUGUUUGAUUCAGGGGCGUCACAUUCUUUUAUUUCCAAGGAAGUAGUUGGGAGUCUCGGGGUAGAGUUUCUGGCUGGUUUGAUCGAGUUUGACUUGAAUGACUUUGAUGUGAUUCUGGGUAUGGAUUGGUUGGGAAAGUAUGAAGCAAAAAUUGAUUGUGCGGCUGAAAAGGUCACCUUGACUAGCCCAAGUAAGACCAAAGUGGUGUAUAAAAAGGAAGGGAAAAGUUCAGGGUUGAGAAUUGUAUCUGCAAUGCAACUACAGAAGCUGGUUAAGAAGGGUUGUCCUUUGUUUUUGUGUAGUGUUCAAGAGGUUGAAAGAGAGGAAAAGAAAGGUGAAGAGGGUAUUCCUGUUGUAGAAGAGUUUCCAGAUGUGUUUCCGGAUAAGAUUCCUGGUAUGCCACUAGUGAGGGAUGUUGAGUUCACUAUCAAUCUAGUGUCUAGAACUAGACCUAUUUCUAAGGCUCCAUAUAGGAUGGCUCCAGCUGAGUUGAGGGAGUUGGAGACCUAG